AUGGAAAAUGUUAGGUUGGCAAAAGGGAUGAAGUUCCCAAACUCCCAGGUGUUUAGGAAGGCUUUGAGGGAGUAUGUGAUUCAGAAUCACAUUGAUGUCAAGUGGAAGUUGAAUGAGAAGAAGAAGAUUUAUGUAUAUUGUAAGAACAAUUGUGGAUGGAGGUGUUAUGCCUCAAUGGUGACUGGAGAGUGCACAUUUGAGAUCAAGACACUUUAUCCUGAGUGUACUUGCCCCCUAUCAUUUAAAAAUGGGCAAGUUACAUCAGCCUAUGUGGCAAAGAGGUAUUUGGAGGAUUUUGGUAAGAAUCCUAAUUGGGAGGUCUCAAGUGUUAAGCACCAUGUGAUGCAGAAGAUUUUAGUUGAUUUAAGUCUUAGUCAGGUGUAUAGAUCAAGGAAGGCAGCUAGGGGGCUGAUUACUGGGAAUGAAGAGGCUCAGUAUGGCCUACUUAGAGAUUAUGCAGAAAUGAUAUUAAGGACAGAUGUAGGAAGUAGGGUGAUUCUGCAAACAGAGAUGGAAAAUGAGAAUGCAGAGCCCAAGUUUAAAAGGAUGUACAUUAGGUACAAUGCUCAGAAGGUUGGCUUUCUAGGUGGUUGUAGACCCUUUGUUGGGCUGGAUGGAUGCCACUUGAAGGGUAGGUUUGGUGGGCAAUUGUUGUCUGCCACUGCCAAGGAUGGAAAUGACAAUAUAUUCCCAGUGGCAAUGGCUAUGGUUGAGCAAGAGAACAAGGAUAGCUGGACCUGGUUCUUGGAGCAGUUUGCUGAUGACAUUGGCAGGCCAGAUGAGCUCAAUCUGGUAUUCAUCAGUGACAGGUAUUGUGUGAAGCACAUAUACAACAACUUCAAGGUUAACCACAAGGGCAUGGAGUUGAAAAGUGUACUGUGGAGGUGUGCUGGCACAACAUCAGCCAAGGAAUUUGAGAGAGGGAUGGACCAUCUUAAGAGUUUGGAUGAAGAAGCUUGGCAGUACCUGACUGAUAUAGAGCCUGCACAGUGGACCAGAUCCCACUUUUCUUCAAGAGCUUUGACAGAUUGUAUGGUAAACAAUCUGAGUGAGAGUUUUAACUCUAUGAUUGUGAAGGCUAGAGACAAGCCCAUCUUAUCAAUGCUGGAGUGGAUCAGAGUUAGGCUUAUGAGCACGCUGUAUAUAAAGAAGGCUGUUCCUUCUGGGAGGUUUGUGUAUGAGGUUGACAAUGAGAGGGAAAGGCAUGUGGUGGACUUGGUAAAUAGGACAUGCAGUUGUAGAGUAUGGGAUUUGACAGGAAUCCCUUGCAAGCAUGGAGUUGCAGCCAUUUUUGUUAAUCGUGAGAAACCAGAAGACUACACCCAUCCAUGCUACUACAAGGAUGCUUAUGUGGAGACAUACAAGACACCCAUACCUCCCAUGCCUGGCCAGUCUGAGUGGAUUUCAAGUGGCCAACCCAAGCCUGUUGCACCUACUGUCUAUAAGCCACCAGGCAGGCCACCCAUGAAGAAGAAGAGAGAUGCUGAUGAGCCGAACCCUUAUAAGGUGUCUAGAGGAAACAUACCAGUGAGGUGUGGAAGGUGUCAACAGGAAGGGCACAAUGCAAGGGGAUGCAAGGCCAAUGGAAGUGGAAGGCCUUCUACACAUAGACAAGGAUCCCAGGCCCCAUCUUCAUCACAGACCCAAUCCUCAGCUCAGCCCCCACCAACACAUCAGCCUUACACUAUGGCCUCAUCCAACCAGGCAGCAGGGUCACAGCCACAAGCUCCAUGGUUAGGGCCACCAGCUCCAUGGUCACAGAACCCAAGUCAAUGGUACUCUUCAAACUUCAGGUACACAGUUAGAGGAGCUCCUUGGUUCUCUUCAAGCCAGCCAACACCACACACCCCUGCAGAAACAUGGGACAGUAGACCACUAUCAUCACAGCCUACAAGACCACCUGCUACCAGAGGAGCUGCUUUGAGAGGAAUGGGUGAUGCAGCUAGAGCUCAGAAAUGUAGAACAAGAGGUGGAAAGGCCAGCUGUGGUGGGAGAGGCAGGGGCAGGGGUAGGGGCAGGGGCAGGGGCACUGCAACUGUUUUGGUUGUUGUACCAAAUGCCUUAUAUUUACUGGUGGUUGAUGAAAGACUAUUCAAUGCCACCUUAAAAUAUGGUGUAUGUGUUGAAUAG